CGUAAACUGCAGUACUUCACGUAAGCUUUCGUUGGUCUGGCUGACCGGAGAGGAAGUGUACUUGUUGUGCACUUUGUAUUUAUUCCCAAAACAUCCCAAGCAAUCCAAUAUUUUUUUUAGGAAUGUCAAUAAACUGCAUAGUGACAUUCAAGAAAUAACCUUUUACAAAAAAGAUCUGUUUGCCAAUAACUUAAACCAAAAACGAAAUUGCAAAUUCGCCUAUGGAGCGUUAAUAAUUUGGCUACUCUCUAUAUUCAAUUGACUUAAAGCAUUUUAUAAGGUUAAUGUCAAUCUGCUGUUACUGUGUGAUGUAGAUGUUAUGUUUUUUCCAAUUGAUAAUUUAUAAAUAUAUAAUUUUUAUUUACACCUCCUUUCAGUAUGGAUUUUUGCAAACUAUUACACACAGCCCAAAAAAAUGACCAAACUUCUGCGGGAGGUGUCAGAUAUUACAGCACCAGGUUCGAACCUCCUAAAAAGUUGCAAAAAAAUACAAAGGAAGUUUCUAUAAAUGUCAAGAAGUUUUUGGAAAAGAAAGAAGCUGAGGAAAAAAAAAGAGCUGAAGAGGCCCAACGCAAGAAAGAGGAACUCUUAGCUCUCAGGGCACAGGAUAAAAAGGCAACUCGGCGUGUAAAUGUUAUGUUGAAAAGAACAAAAUCUGCAAAUCAAGCUGUAAUUGAAGAUGCAGUUGAUAAACAACACACAGCAGUAACCAGAGCUGGAACAGAGCAACCAGAUGAGGAUGAUUAUGGAUAUGUCUCUCAGGAAGCAUCUGCAUUUUAUGAAAAAAUGAUGGAAAAAUACAAAGAUAUGCCUGAAGAACCGAAAUUUAAACUAUUUAAAAAAAAGGUGAGUACAAAUUUAAAUGGCACCAAAGAUAGGGUAAAGGCAGCCUUAGAGAAGGAGCGAGAUGAAGCAAUGCAUCCUCAGAGGCGGAAAAGAAAACGCAAAGAGAAUGAAGGCCAUGAGGAAGAUGGUGGAAAUGAUGAGCAAAUUGCAGAAAUGGAAUUCCACACUGAAACUGUGAAUAAAUCUAAGCCAAAAUCUAAACCUGUCCCACCCCCUAUGAGUUUUACUGAUCUGCUGAAGAUUGCUGAAAAAAAACAAUUUGAGCCAAUAGUUGUUGAGCAGAAGCCAAAAGAGGAAGAAAAAUUAUUAACUAAAAAGCAAAAAAAGGAAGCUGAACGAGAAAGGGAAUGGAGAGAAAGGCGUGAAGGCAAGGUACCUUCUGUGCUGGAGAAAGCAUUGUUAAAUAAAAAGCAAGUGAUUGAGAAAACAAGAUCUGAAAAGCCACAUGCUAAGACCUUAUCUGAUUCUGAGAAAAUGCUAAAAUCUCAAAAUUUAAAGGUCACCUCAGAAAACAGACCUGUGGCAAAACCUAAUGAUGGAGUUAAAAAACAACAAACUUUAAAUAAUAAGACCAUGAAGGCAAUUAUUCAACUUGAGGCACAAGGUUCUUCUGCCACCAGUGGAAAGAAGGUUUCUGUCAAAAGUAAUAACAUCUCAAAGGAAAUUAAUACUAAAAAAACUACUCGUCCUCUCUCUGAUAAGGGGAAGGUAGAGUCAAAGCUAUUCAGUCAAAAGCCUCAAGCAAAUUAUAUAAAAUCAAUUGCUACUGGCAAUUUAAAACCAAAUGAGUCUUCGACCAAAGGUUUAUUACCUAAGAAGUCAAGACCUACAGAGAAUCAUUCCAAGCCAAUUCUACCUAAAGAUGACAAGCUUACUCGUUUGCCACCACAUGUAAAACAAAUCGACCUCUUGAAUAAAAAGAAACAAUUAAUACCUCCUAGCAAGCGACGUAUAAUAGAUGAUGAUGAAGAAGAAUAUGAUUCCGAAUUGGAUGAUUUUAUUGACGAUGGCCCCGAAGGCGAAGAAAAUUAUUCCAGCUAUAUUAAAGAAAUUUUUGGUUAUGACAAGUCAAAAUAUAGGGGUAUUGAUGAUGAUGUUGAUAAUAUGGAAAGUAGUUUCGCUCAGCAAAUGAGAGAGGAAAUUAAAAGUGCCAAAAUUGGUAUAUUUGAAGAUUUAGAAGAUAUAAAAAAGGAAAAAGAGGAAAAGAGGAGAAAAGCUCUCAUGAAGAAAAAGCUCAAACAGCGCUAAGGGUUUUUUCAACUUAAUGUGAUACUUAGUUUUCGAUGUAGUUUAUU